UCUUGCUCGAUUCUGUUUGGUCGCCAUGUAAAGGAAUUAGAAGAAGUAACGGAAAUGGCUGCUUUCACGAAUUGUUUUACUUGUUUGCUGCUGAAUCGGCGUCUCUUUAGUUUUCAUUAAUUAGCAGCUUCUGAAUAAGAAGUUGGAUGUUUAGCUGUAUACCCUAUGAUGAUGGCGAUGUUAUAAAUCGGUGAAACCAAGUAAUCUCUCUGAUUAAUGGUCUCGACGUAAAAUUUUUGAAGUCAAGUAGCUUUUGUAAAAAAAGUAUACGAACGCAUACCCAUCGCCUUGGAUGGUACAGUUCGAGUUUGAACAGUAUUUGUUGUGGGCUUGUUUUGUUAGUCAAGUGACAUUAGGUAGAAAGUAGAGACCCCUAGAUGGAGGUGCCACCAAAUGAAGAUUCUGAGCUCCCAGCUUCUGCCGAUACUGUUCAUCAAGAACAGGAUGAUGUGCUACCUGUCCCUGAUACCAUAAAUGAUGGAGUCAUGGAGCAGAAACAAGAAAUCAAUGAGGAAGAAGUAAGAAGUACAUUGGAAGCGAUUGCAUCCACAGGAAAAUUCUGGUAUGAUUGGGAGAAAUUGAAGAGUAUGCUAUCCUUUCAACUGAAGCAGGUGCUAUCAGAGUAUCCUGAAGCAAAAGCAUCCAGUGAACAACAAAGUACUUUAGGAGAAACCUUCUCAGAGCUGGUAAAGCGGUUGGAUGAAGCACUUCAUAGCUUCGUUGAAGGUCCUCCAUUUACCCUUCAAAGGAUUUGUGAGAUCCUACUGGAUGCAUGUACCAUCUAUCCCAAUCUCUCAAAGCUUGCUCUAGCUCUGGAAAAGAAUCUUCUGGUGACAUCCACACUUGCCGUCAGUUCUGACCUGCAUGUACCGUCCUCCAACCCAAAGCCAAACGAGUCAGAUGAAUCGGAGAAAGCUGAAGAACAAAAGCUAUCCAAUGCAGUAGAAAAUGGAAUUGAACCUAUAGCUGGAGACGGGGAUGAAGUAAUGGUGGAGGUUGAAGAGGCUGAUAUGAACGAUGAUAUGACGAUGGACAUGGAAACUUUUGAAGAAAUAGUUGGAUCAUCUGAGACAAAUAAUGCUCCAAACAGUAAUUCUUAGCUUUCCUGGCACACCUUAAAGCUAGCUGCUGUAGUUCGGCUGAUCUUUUCACAGUGAGGAGACAUGGCUGGUAAGCCAUAGUUCUUCGAUAUAUCAAUUUGUUCAAUCCAAUAUAAUUCGAUUCGGAUGUGUUAUCUUGCUCUUGGGAGAGUAAUGGGUGGUUAGUUGCAACUUGGAAUUAGCCUACAAUAUGAGCCCUCUUACUAUUUUGGCAGGGAUGUUUUCUUGAUUAAAUAUUUGAGUGAACCGAUGUUUUUAGUUUCUGAACUUUUGAUAUGACACUUCUCAUAUGGCCAAUGAAAAUGAUUUGGCGCUUUGCAACUGUCCACUCCUAAUUUAUUGACAGGUUGAUAGUAUUAAUUUUUCU